AAAAUGAGUGACAGGACUGGUGGCAUUUUUAAUAGUCUCCCACGCUGCACUGAAAAUUAAAAAAAAAACUCCUUUGAAAUAUCACCCUUCUAUGCGCUUCUCAUAAAUUCAAGUAAGGCUUACAGGUUUUCAUGCUUUCAUAGUAAGUGUAAUAAUAUGAACAAAUUGUUUAGACAAUCUACUAAACUUUAUGACCCACUAUAGUUAACUUUUUUUUAAAAUGUCGCCCUAAGAGUCUCACGAAUUCAGGUAAAGCUUACCGGUUUUCAUGCAUCCAUAUUAAGUGUAAUUUUAGCAAAUUGUGUUGGCAAUCUAAUAAAGUUUAUGGCUUUCUUUUUCAUGCGCCCCUCUUCGCCUUGCUCGUGCUCCAACCCGAUCUUGUUUGACUUUUUUGUGAUGUCUGAUAUAAUAUAAUAGUAAGCACUCUUAUUCCAAAACUAACCCAUGUAAAUACUUUCAAAUAGAGUGGCGAUAUUAUACAACUGUUUGUUUGAGAAGCGCACAGAGAGGCGGCGCCUGAUGGACAGCUUGCAGAGUUGUUUGUACAUUACUAAAGGUAAAUAUCACCCACGUUGACACUCAACAAGGCGUCAAGUUCGUUAGCUUUUAGUGUGCGAUAUCAGUGACAAGUGUUAAUAGCCUUAUCUAUCAGUUAAGUGAAUUAGACAGGAUCAAUAAAAAUGGUCAUGUUAAUUUGCAUGUUAGACCAGCUGUCCAACUCAGUUGCGCUUCAGGCGUCGGCUAGUAAAGAACCAACAUGACUGCAUAUAACUAUAGCAUACAGCAGUUUGACUUUAGUCAAUGGGAUUUUCCUGCGGAGCGCAUUUGGCUGCACAAAGCGAAUGAGGAGAUUGCGUGGAAAAUCAUCUCGUUUUUGCCACUGAUUAUUUUUGGUUUAUAUGGAAACUACAUAUUGAUCUAUCUGAUAGCCACGAAUCGUGCACUGAGAUCGCCAACGAAUUUGAUAAUAGCCAAUAUGGCCAUGGCCGACUUUCUAACCCUGCUCAUUUGCCCUGCCAUGUUUCUGAUUAACGACUUCUAUCAAAACUAUCAACUGGGCUGUGUGGGCUGCAAGCUGGAGGGUUUUCUAGUGGUUGUCUUUCUGAUCACAGCCGUACUGAAUCUCUCGGUGGUCAGCUAUGAUCGGCUCACAGCGAUUGUGUUGCCCCAGGAGACGCGCCUAACGCUGUGCGGAGCAAGAAUUGUCAUCGCUGGCACCUGGCUGGCGGGGCUGUUGCUGGCUCUACCCUUGGCCAUUUAUCGGCAGUACAGGGUGCGUAUUUGGCGAAACUUUACGGAACGCUACUGCAAGGAGAAUAUGACUGUGCUGCCCAAGUACUGGUAUGUGCUGAUCACGGUACUGGUUUGGCUACCACUGGGCAUUAUGCUCAUCUGCUAUACGGCCAUAUUUGUAAAGCUGGAUCGCUAUGAGAAGCGCGUCUUGAGUCGUGAAAAUCCACUCAGUGUGAGGUAUAAGCGCAGCGUGGCCAAAACGCUUUUCAUUGUGGUCAUUGUUUUCGUGUUGCUGCGUUUGCCCUUCACAAUUUUCGUGGUGCUGCGCGAAAAGUAUUACAGCACCGAGUCGAGCGUGGAUUGUGGCAUGAAGUACUUUUCAUACUUUUCGCAGUAUCUCAUAUUUGUCAAUGCCGCCGUCAAUCCCAUCAUCUAUGGCUUCAACAAUGAGAACUUCAGACGUGCCUAUGCACAAAUCGCGUGUAUGCAAAAACGCAGAGCUGCCAACGCAAAUCGUAUACAUCAUUGUUUGUAUUGUGAUUUCAUUCAGAAUAACAAGUCUGGACAAGCGAAUGCCGAGCAGAGAUCGGACAAGGAGAUAUCACAGUCUGCGGCUAGAGAAACUAAAAAGCUGGGGGCAACAUCCAAUAUCGAUGAGACUCUCAUGCCGCAGCUUAAAGGCGAGGGGUUUAUUUAAAGUCUCAUUUUUUUUUGGUUUUUAAAUACGUUCAUAAGGUCUUCUAUUCAGGAGUAUACCAAUAAUUAUCUCUUUUUGUCAUAAUUCAAACGAUUAUCAUAAGAAUUCUAAGUAAAUGCCCUUCCUAGGCUGAUUACUUUGACAAAACUCAAACAAUUUUCCAAGAGAAACAUUAAUUUGUAUGAGCUACUAUCUGACUUAAUAUAAUUUUG